AUGAUUAAUCUUUUUAUUUUUUUUUUUCUUAUUUUUAUUUUGGCGGGGUUAUUUAUAUUUCUUUCUUUUUUGAUAGGGGAAAAAAUUCCAGAUCGAGAAAAGGUUUCUGCUUAUGAAUGUGGUUUUGCUCCCUUUAAUUUUUUAGGACGCCCUUUUUCAAUACGUUUUUUUUUAAUUGGUAUUUUAUUCUUGAUUUUUGAUUUAGAAAUCUCUUUUUUUUUUCCCUGAUGUGUUUUAUAUAAUUCGACUGCUCCGUUUGGGUUUUGAACUAUGAUAGGUUUUUUUUUUGUAUUAGUUUUGGGUUUGAUAUACGAAUGAGUAAUGGGGGGAUUAGAAUGAGAGUAA